AUCUGCUUCCAAGAUGUUUCAUCACUUCAAAGUUAUUUAUCAACAACUCUCGAGCAAAUAUUUUAACAAACUACAAUGUAAAAUAAUAUCUUAAUUAUAAUCCCUUACCAGCUAACCCCCACAAAUUGUUCGAGGGAAUGCUUAUUGUUGGCCAUCUCAUGUUCGACACACAUGGCUGCUGUAAACAUAGAAAUGGUGCAUGAUAGCUUCUAGCUAACGUUAGCUGUCAAACUAUUUGUCUAGUGAAAUAAGAGUGAAACAAACGUGGUUGAAGAUCGUUUAAUACUCAUAUUGGUAAGUGGCUAUAGCUAACUAGCUACUGUGUCUUUAUAUGUGUGGCCUUUAUGGUGUUGUUAGCUAGAGAAGUCAGCCAGCUAGCCGUUGCUAACUAGCAACCGUGACCAGACAGCAUAAGUAGAAAUCAGGCUGGGAUAGGGUUGCUAAACUGUUUUGGUGAUGGUAAAGGUGAUUUCACAACUUAUAACGGAGCAAAUGUUCCAUCAUGGCUCCCAAUUUUGGGAGCUCUGCGGUCCGACCUUAGCAACUCUGGGUCAGGCUGCGCUUCGUUGAGGAAGUUGAGGUGCCUAGUACUAGAGUAUGUGGCUGAAAACCUAUAGUUCGAUCACUGCUGCAGACGACUAUUUCUACAUAACCCUCCCAAAUCGGCGCAACGAAAAUGCACAUGAGCAGAAAUGGAGUGAUUGGGAAGCGGAGUCCCCAUUUAACGUGGACGAGAAGGCUAUACCUUUGAAGUAGAGGAAGAGUUUCUGACCAUGACAGAGUUGUAUCUGCAACGCUAUUGCACUCUCCUUCAGCCUGCCACGAAACCAGUAGACAACAAUGGGAUAUGGGUAUGGCUUAAGGGGGUACAAGGUCCGGACCAAAAGAGGAACUGAUGGUGAAGCUGUCGUGAUCCCUAACAACAUCCUGCUGGGGCCACACGGCAGCAGAAUAUUCUACCCAGGACAGACCACCCGCUGCUAUAUCUGUGAUGCCAUGGACCACCAGGUGAAGGAUUGCAAGACUGUUACGUGCUGGAGAUGCAGUGAGUUCGGCCACAAGUCCAGAGACUGCACGAGUGAAAGCAAGUGCACACACUGCAAUGGUGAUGGGCACACCUACUUCAACUGUCCACAAGCCUACAGCAACAGAGCAAAGAACGGUGGAAGGGGAGCAGAAACUGAAAUGCAACAACCAACACAGCCAGUAGACGAGCCACAGAUCCCACAACAUGUCCCCAAACAAGAUGAACAGCAGAGAGGUGUGGAAGAGGACAAGGGAACCGAGAGGUCAAGAGGAGAAACAUCACAAACCCGAGAGCAACAGCCACAAUGAGGAGGAGAAUGAUGACAGCUUCGAGUCUUCAAGGAAGAGCCAUCACAAGACACUUCCCUCCCUGAUGACACAGGUCCUGCAGCAGACUGGUCCACUCAAAUAGAGGCUCAUGAUGACGAUCCACCAAACCUUGCCAGUACUCCGGCCACCUCCCUAGUGGCUACCCUCCUCUGCCCCCAGACACUUCCAGCUCCAAUGAAGGUACCCAUCCAUCAAAAAGUGACAAGCCUGUGUCUUCUCUCCAGCUGUGACUGCGAUGGAGGAGGUGUCUCUGAGAGUGCUGCCAAUGGACCCAGCAGACCGGGGAACCCAGAGGGUCAGACUGGGCCCAGGGCUGAUGUCCUCCCUGGGGUUGGGGCUGUGCUCUCCUGUUCUGGUGGCUCUGUCUGGAGGGUCCUGUCUCUGUACUGCCUGGCCCAGGCCUGACCUGGCUGACGGAUUCAUACAGAUAGACAUGAAAUGUUGUUCUUCAAAUCUUAUCUUAAACAAAGCUACACCCACACACCUCAGCCUACCCCUAACCCCCAGCCCUAACCCUAGCCCCAGCUCUAGCCCACUUCUCCCCAGCCCAUGCCUAAGUCCUAGUCUCACCCCAGUCUCCUGCCCCAAGCUGAAAGGCAUCCGAAUAACAGUGGUGGUUCAGAGUGUGGAGUUCCGGAAAACCACCCCUCCCAGUUUCAUCCAUGAACUAGUGAAGGACAUGCUGAAAGGGACAUAUGUCCACCAGAAGCACGUGAUCGAUGUGGGUGACUAUGACACGGACAUUAAACUGAUCGUCAUCGAGAGCCUGAACCCAGAGUCCACCGUGACUGGUUUGGUUACAUCUAAGACAGGGGUGGAAAUAACGGGGACGAGGACCCUCCGGUAUUACAGAGGACAGCUCCAGGAGCAGCCCCAGGUCCUACUGGGAGGACUGGAAGAGGUUUCAGCGUCUCUGAGAGAGAUGUUGCACCUGCCUCUGCAGUACCCUGCUACCCUGGGCUCCCUGGGUCUCUCCUGCCCCAGAGGAGUGCUCCUUGCUGGGCCACCGGGGGUCGGAAAGACCCUGCUGGUCCGCUGCCUGGUGGGGGAGGUGGGGGCCAGCCUGAUCACAGUCAGAGGACCAGAGGUAGUAGGGUCUCGGCCAGGGGAGAGUGAGGAAAGGUUGCGGGUGGUGUUUGGUCGGGCGCGGGCAGCGGCAGAGGAAGGGCCUUGUGUGUUGUUCCUGGAUGAGCUGGACUCUCUCUGUCCCAGACGGACUGGAUCCUCCUCACCCGAGAACCGGCUGGUCGCUCAACUGCUCACGCUCAUGGACGGCAUGGACCAAUCAGAUCGCUUCCUCAUCGUAGGAGCCACUAAUCAGCCGGACAGCUUGGACCCGGCGCUACGGAGGCCCGGGAGGUUCGACAGAGAGGUGGUUAUCGGUGCCCCCACAGCACAGCAGCGGUUGUCCAUCCUGUCAGUGCUGUGCCAGGCCAUGCCAGUGUGUGUCAGUGUGGACUGGGCAGAGCUGGCCCAGAGGACUACAGGGUAUGUGGGUGCUGACCUCAGUGCUCUCUGCCGUGAGGCUGCCAUGCUGGCUAUACGACACAACACACCGGGUUCAGGGGAGCAGGCUAUCACCAUGGAACACUUCCUGUCUGCCCUGAAGACUGUCCGUCCAUCCUGUCUGAGGGGCAGUCUGGGACGGACAGACCUCCCAGCCGUCUCCUGGGAACAGAUAGGAGGCCUGGAGGAAGUCAAAGUCAAACUACAACAGAGUAUAGAGUGGCCAAUGCGUUACCCGGAGGCGUUUGUGCGUCUGGGUCUGUCCCGUCCCAGGGGGGUGUUGCUGUACGGUCCCCCAGGCUGUGCUAAGACCACCCUGGUCAGGGCUGCAGCUACCUCCUCCCAUUGCUCCUUCCUGUCAGUCAGCGGGGCUGACCUCUACUCUCCAUAUGUAGGAGAUUCGGAGAAGGCCCUGGCUCAGCUCUUUCGUCAGGCGCGGGCCUGCGCUCCCUCCAUCCUGUUCCUGGAUGAGGUGGACUCUCUGAUUGGCUCCCGGUCAGAAGGCCAUGUCCCUCAGAGUGCCCAGACCCGCCUCCUGUCUGUGCUGCUGAAUGAGCUGGACGGGGUAGGCUUUAGGACCCUGGAGAGGAGAGGAGCAGGGAAGACCCUACAGGCUGAGGGAGUGGAGCACCACCAGCAACAGGAACAUUUGGAGUACCAGGAGGUGUGUAACAAGGAAGUGAUGAUCGUAGCGGCCACUAACAGACCAGACUCUCUGGACAGUGCCCUCCUAAGGCCUGGAAGACUGGACCAGAUCAUCUAUGUACCCCCACCUGACCUACAGGCGCGUGUGUCCAUCCUGCAGGUGUGUACAGAGAAGAUGCCUCUGGAUGAUGAUGUGUGUCUGGAGGAGCUGGCUAGACACACUGACCUUUACUCUGGAGCAGACCUGGAGAACCUGUGCAGAGAGGCAGCUCUGUUGACCCUCCAGGAUGAAAGUAUGGAAGCUUCUAGUAUCAAACACCGAUACUUCCUCCAGUCUUUACAGAGGAUGACUCCCUCUCUUUCGACCCAGCAACUACAGACAUACAAAAACCUCUUCAGAUGACAACUAUAGACCCACCCCAUCAGAUGAUGCCCCGGACUUGGAAAAUAAAAAUGGCAUUGUUUCUUUUCCUUUUU